ACCCCAGCACAAGGGAGGCACAGGUUGCCCCCACCGUCCAGAAGAGCAGCUGCCGCCAGUGUCCAGGGCAUGAGGGAGACCCCUUCUCCAGGCCCCCCUGAGGAGAAGGCCGUCCUACCUGGAGACGCGGACCAUGUGGGGCUCCAGCUCCAGCGAGCUGCUUCUGGUGUGGCUCCUGGUGCUGGCAGCAGGUGGCACCGAGCACGUCUACCGGCCUGGCCGCAGGGUGUGUGCCGUUGGGGAUCCCAGGAGCCCCGUGUCCGAGUCCUUCGUGCAGCGUGUGUACCAGCCCUUCCUCACCACCUGCGAUGGGCACCGAGCCUGCAGCACCUACCGGACCAUCUACAGGACUGCCUACCGCCGAAGCCCCGGGCCGGCCCCCGCCAGGCCUCGCUACGCCUGCUGCCCCGGCUGGAAGAGGACCGGAGGGCUCCCUGGGGCCUGUGGAGCAGCAAUAUGCCAGCCACCAUGCCAGAAUGGAGGGAGCUGUGUCCAGCCAGGCCGCUGCCACUGCCCCGCAGGGUGGCGGGGAGAUACCUGCCAGACAGAUGUGGAUGAAUGCAGUGCUGGAGGGGGUGGCUGUCCCCAGCGCUGUGUCAACACUGUGGGUAGUUACUGGUGCCAAUGUCAGGAGGGGCACAGCCCAUCUGUGGACGGGGAGCUCUGCCUGCCCAAGAGAGGGACCCCCAGGGUGGCCCCAAAUCCCACCAGAGGAGUGGACAGUGAGGUGAAGGAGGAAGUGAAGAGGCUUCAGUCGAGAGUGGACCUGCUGGAGCAGAAGCUGCAGCUGGUGCUGGCCCCACUGCACAGCCUGGCCUCGCGGGCGCUGGAGCACGGACUCCCUGACCCCGGCAGCCUCCUGACCCAGUCCUUCCGGCAGCUGGAGCGCAUCGACUCUCUGAGUGAGCAGGUCUCCUUCCUGGAGGAGCAGCUGGGGUCCUGUUCCUGCAAAAAGGAGGUGUGACUGGCCUGUCUCCUCACCACAAGCUCUGCUCUGCACCCCCCACCCCACCCUCCCCACUGUGCUGGGCAGGACAGGGGGGCGGCUGUGAGCCGAGGCAGGGGAAGGCGCCCCCACCUCUCCUACUGAAGAACCAGGGCAGAGCGGGCUGAGGCGUCCUGUGAAUCCAGCCCCAGCCCAGCCAGACCCCUGCACCCCCGAGCUGGCUUUCACGGCCUGGUGGGGCCGUGGCUGAGGGAAGGUACGAGGGCUCCCUGCCCAGAGCCUGGGGCUGCUCACUGGGCAGUGUGCUGUGGGGGAGCCCCCCCAACCUUUAUAUGAAUAAAAUGAGACUUGAGGA